AUGCACUCCCCAUUGGAGUCACUUCCAUCCGAGCUUAUUGUGCGGAUUCUGUCGGCCGGCGAGCACCAUGCUAUCCGUCUGCUUGAGUUGGCCAUGGUCUCCGACCGCUUCAGAACCGUAAUUACUGGUACACCAUCCCUAUGGACCAACAUUGUGUUGUUCAUCAGCCCUGAGAACUUGGACGUGAUGCUUGCCGUCUUGGAUUUAGCCCUCAUCUGCUCCGGCCCCGUCCUUCUGCUCGACUUGACAAUGGAGAUCGACCUCAACACUACCUCGUUCCAAUUUAACCAGAUCUUGCUACGUGUCUAUGAAAUGGCACCCCGGUUGAGAACCAUCGAAAUUCUGUUUGAUACCCAGGCCAACAGUGACAUGGAUUUCGUUCGCAAACUUCAUUGGAUGGUUGAAGACUCUGGGCAAGACACACCUUUCGUGAACCUGGAAAAGCUAGUCCUCAUAGUCGGAAACGACAGGGUUGUGGAUUUCGCAGACUAUCCCGUAUCGGUGCUCUUCCCCAAUCUCAAGAUUCUUUCCCUGGUUGGUAUCACCAUCCGGUCUGCGCACCACAUUCCUGCCCGGCUCGCUCUCCCCCACCUCGAACGAUUGGACAUGCUCGUAUCCUUCGAUUCGACCUCUCCCUUCAUUCUGCGCGAUCUCUUGGCUUCAGUUCCGGCACUUAGAACGCUCGUGUUUGCGAUGACCACUGACCUCCCUUCCACUGUCACAUUCACGCAUGGUACACGAGAGGCAACAUCGCCUAUGGUCCAUCAAUCUCUUCAAACGUUGAAGAUUCAAGGCCGGUUGGAGGACUUGCACGGGCAAUUGCCUACCUUGUGCCUUCCUUCCCUCCAAUCUCUUCAUCUGUCGGAUCUGUAUGCCCAACUUGGUGGUGCGUACGUCGCCUAUCGUGGCGGUCGACUGGUCGACAACGUCUUGGAGAUGCUAGCACAAUCCAAAUGCGAGCUGAAGGAAUUUGCUUUUGAAAAUUGCUGGCUCAAGAAUGAGGAUCUACUCAGGCUCCUGCUCACCUUCCAGCAUCUGACUAGCUUCACUCUCAGCCUGCGAAACGUGGUCAGCCUCCAUGACGACUCUCUCUUCGGAAUGCUUUUCGAGAGAUCUCAGUUUGAACGUGUCCUUCCCUCUCUUCGAAAGCUUGUCGUCUCCACGGACUGGAUAUCAGCGAUUCUCGAAGAAUGCCUGGAGGCACUUACGCUAAUCUAG